CAUCCCAGCUGAUGCCCCAACAUUCAGCUCCUGCCAAGGGGACAGACACAAGAAGAAGAAGAAAAUCAUCCUUUCCAAUUCCAUCACGGAGUGAGGAGGAGUAGGAGGAGCCAGCCGAGUGAGAUAGUGAUGCUCCCAGCAGGUGCCAACAAGUGAGAGGUAGUCAAGAGACUGAGAACAAGAGGGGAUGGAGAAGAGUCUGUGAGAGCAGAAGACACCCAAGAGCUCUGAGAGAAAACCAACAUCGGCCAGUGUAUUUUCAGUCCUUCUGCUCCAGUUUUUCCUGUCCGUCAUCUCUGCUGCCAUGCUGUGUCCUGUGCUACUUUGUGUCACUCUGCUCCUCCUGACACCCCUGGAGAUCACAGAGGCUCGCGCUCUGCACCCAUCUCCUGAUGCUGUGCAGUUUAUGGAGCAGUUUCUGGAGCGCUACAAUGACCUUUUGACCCUGGACGACCUGGAGAACCUGUUGAACAGCCAACCAGAGGAACAGUCCACCCUCUCUUCAGGAGUCAAAGCGGCAGAAAACCCCAAAUGGGCUGAGGCACAGACGCAGGCUGAGACACCCUGGCUGCGUCUGCUUAAGGGGGCUCUGGCCAAUCAGAAGAGAGCAGAACCGGACCGGUCAAGGAGGGGAUGGAACCGAGGAUGCUUUGGGCUGAAACUGGAUCGGAUCGGGUCCAUGAGCGGAUUAGGCUGUUAGUAGAGAGGAGAGAAGAAAAAAAAGACUGAUGAUGUCCUUCUUAGAGUAUAUUAAAAGAAAACACACAUGUAAAGGCGUUGACAUGCAGUGAAGGAUGUGUCCAUGUGUGUUUACUACAUGUAGUAUGGUGUAGACUUGCAGCAAUGUGGUUUCAUCCUGCGUAGGUACCAUAGAUCAGACGCUUCACGCUAUUGUUGCUGUUUUAACAGCUGUAGUUUAUUCCAUGUGUACGUAUUAAACUGAAUAUUAGAACAUGUGAGCUAUGUUUACAUCAAAUGAUCAUCUUUGAUUGUUGAGCUUCUUCUUUUUUUAUUAUUAUUAUUAUUAAAUUGGCACUUUGUUUUUCUAGCUUUGUCUGUGUACAGUAAAUGUAAAAGUGUUUAGACAUUUUGUGGCCUGGAGAUCAUGUGUGUGUGUAAAAUCAGGUGUACUGGACGUGGAUAUCCAAAAAUGAUGGCACUUGUAAUUCCUGCUGUUUGUUUUUACGUUACUUAUGAUUUGCAUGAAUAAAUGGAUUUGACAUUU